AUGAGUAAACCGCGAUGCGGUUUCCGAGAUAUCCUGAAGCACGGAACGAAAGCGAGCCUGUCCAAAUGGCCGAAGACGCACCUGACGUGGCAUUUUCACUUAGCCGACGAAACCGAGUGUAGCACGGCGCAGGCCGCGUUCGACCUGUGGUCGCAGCAUUCGGCAUUGACGUUCGAACGCUCCGAAAUGCCGAACGCCGACAUUAUAAUAUCUUGGCGACGCCUACUACACUAUAACACGAACAUCGAGGUAAACGGAGCAUUGUGCUCGGACAAAUUCGACGGCCCCGGCAACGUGCUCGCCCACGCGUCUCUCCCGACGGACCAAGCGGGAUUCGUUUCCGAGGUGCACGUCGACGGGGACGAGCCGUGGCACAUUUACGUCAACAAACAUUCCGCGGAUAAAUUUUCCCUGCAUUACACGUUGACGCACGAGAUCGGCCACUCCCUCGGAUUGCCGCACAACAGGCGCACAACAUCGGUGAUGUUCGCGAUACAGCCGGACCAGCAGUAUCCGGUGAAUCUCGACCAAAACGACAUCGCUGACAUUCAACGUUUGUACGGUGAAAAAAUUCAGAACGAUAAGCCGCGUCUGACGCCAGCGCCGGCGCCACUGCCGCCGCCGUCGCCGGACCUGUGCAGCCUCGAUCGCGUGAACGGGAUAUUGAUUUUGGAAAAUCGAAUGUACAUCUCGUACAAACGUUACGUUUGGUCGGUCGAUCUGGACGGUAGGACGUACAACGGACCUUUAGCCCUCUCGAAUCACAUGAGCUUUUUUCACGACAAUUACACGCGCGUGACCGCUGCCUAUCAAUCCCCGUCCGGCGAUCUCACGGUGUUCGUAGAUAAUUUGAUAUACUUGGUUCAAUAUCCGGAAUUUAGUCUGCGGCCAGGUUGGUCGAAGACCCUGCAAGAACUCGGAUUUCCCGAAAACGCGCUGAUCAACGGAGUGGUGAACACCCACAGAGGACGUUUCUACGUGGUGUUCAACGGUAACGCGGUGGGCGAGAUAGACGAAUGCGACCAGGACAAGAGAGUCGCCAAAUUCACGCCCCUCGAGGCGACGUUUCCCGGAAUACCGAAAGGCGUGACGUCGAUAUUUCGCUACAUCGACGGCAAUCUGUACUUCACCACUCGGUCGCAGUUCUACAAAUUCAUCGAAUUUACCGGCCGACGAGACGGUCCUC